AUGCCAGAUUGUAUGUGGAUAAGUCUGCUCCUGAUUGUUAUUCUUUUCCAAUUUGAUAAAUCCAUUUCAGUUAAAGUUAUCCCUCUUGAACCUAAAUACAUGAAAAAAAAACUCAUGUGUAGUUAUUACUCUCAUGUUGGUUUGAAAAGAAUCAAAAUAAAAUCCAAAUCAAAGAACUCCACUCGUAGGAAGUUUCAACAGACUGGGAAGAAUAUAAUCAAACAUAUACAUUGUUGCAGCACACGCAACAAAUUGAUGAAAAGAAGGAAUCAAAAAUGGAAGAAUAGCCAUCAACCACCUUUGCUGGGUGUGGUGAGCCUAGCAUCAUCGUACUUGUCUUUAAUGGUAUCACGUCAGUUGCAUCUAACACCAUCAUACUUCUAUAUAAUGAGAAUCGGUCCGAAUAAAAAACGUAGGAGAAGCGUAAAUGAGAAUAACAAUUCGAGGAAAAAAUACAAAGGGAAGGAAAUACAAAUGAUUCUAGCACCAAAAGGUUCGAUGCAUGAAAAAAAAACGAAAGAAAUAUUGGAAGAUCCGCUGAAUAAUUACCCUUGGGAAAUUAGUAUUCCAUUUCAUGAAACGAUAACAAAAGAUUUAAGUCCAUAUUACAAUUUUUUAAAAUGUGAAUGGGCAUAUAUAGAUCAUAAAAGAGAUUCGAGAAGAGCAUGUGGAAAAAUCGAAGGAGGAGUAGAAAAUUAUGAUGGGAAAGGGAUUAAACUAGAAAAAGGAAUAGACAGACCAAGAUAUAAUAAAAUACCUUAUUAUGAUGAUCAUGGAACAGAAUGGAGAAAUAUUAAUCAAGAAGAAUUAAUAAAUUUUAAUAUAGAUCCUGAUGGAAAUCAAGAUCAAACAUUUUUAGAAACAGAAGAAGAUUUAGAAUAUAGACAAUGGGGGAACUGGAAUUACAAUGCAUCUAAAGAAACUACUCAGUUAAAUUCAGCUUGGAGAGAUCCUGUUUUGUCAAAAAGUUUAACAAAUUUAAUUUACCCUUGGAAUCAUAAAGCACAUGAAAAUCAUAUUAUUCCAUAUGGAUUUACAACUCCAGCUUUGUUCAUACCAGAACCCAAAAUUGAAUGGGAAUUGGCAGCUAGAGGAUUUUUUGCUGGAUAUUAUGAAGAUCCAAAUUGGCAUCGAAUAAAAUAUUAUAGACAAAUGAAAAAGUUAAUUUUAGAAUGGGAAGAAAUAGGUAAUAAUAAAUACAAUUCUAAUAACAAUCAGAUAGACAAAAUUAAAAUGGAACUAUUUGGAAUAUCCAGUAAAAAGAAGUACCCUUCGAAACAUAUUAAGUUAAUUAAUGAACAUGCAUUGUUAAGGGCAAAAGAAAUUGUACUUGAUCAUUUAUUAAAUCCAAGUGCUGAUCCAGAUUAUAUUACAUAUUUUCUAGAUAGAAAAGAACCCAUAGAUUAUAUAGGUGGAGGAAAUCAUAAUUGUACAGAUGAAGAAAUUAAAAAUAAAACUGUUGUUCUUAACAUGUGUGUUUAUCCAGUAAAACCAAGACAUGAAACAUAUUCCAGUAAUAUGUCUAUCCCAGAAAUGGCAGAAAUGUAUCAUUAUUAUAUGACUGAAAUCAGAGGAGAAGGAAGAUCUCAUCAAUCAUGUGAAGAUCCUGUAAAUGAUAAAUAUCAAUGUUAUGAAUUACAAAAACAGAGAGACAAAUUCCCAGCAUUAGUUUCUUUAUAUAAACCCUUAUGGACUAAUAAAAAAUAUGGUGAAGAAUUUGGAGAUGCUCCUAAAAAUGAACAGAAAGUCCGAAUAGAUCAUUUAUAUACGUUUAAUAAAAAAUUAAAAAUAAAAAAAAAAGUUAAAUUGACUAAAGACAAAAUGGAUUCCUAUAACUAUGUCGAUGAUUAUGAGCAUGUGGAUGAGCAGUAUGAAUUUUAA